AGUACCUGCAGUCGCCGUAGCGUCACAGCGACUCGACCAUUUCUGAUCGUCUUGAACUUUGACAACACUUCAAAAAACAUCCGUCUUUCUGACGUUCGUGGACGCGGCUGGAAGCAAACAAUAGCGUAUCAAAAUGGCUACUCCCAAGCUCAGUGCCGGCUUCUUCAAUCGACGCUGUUUUUGGUAUGAUGACGACGGCAACCCCCGACUUAAUGAGGAUGGAAGAUAUGGCUGCACACGACGUGAAGACCGAGGUCGAAACUGUUCAUUCGUCCACCCAGACGAUCCGAGGUGGUCUUCUCUGAAGCCAACCCACCCACCUGGUCAUGAGAAACUUUCAGCAGCCGAAGCACAGCGGAAAGCCCAUUCAGCUCGCCCGUCAACCUCUGACAUGAACCCCUGGUCGCGUACACCUCCUCGAGCUCGUAGCCCGCUGCGUACAUCGGUGCAUCGUCCUCGUUCUCCCCCUCGCCCCAGUAGCCCUCGACGCUCUCGUACGCCUCCACGCGCUAGGUCGCCUCGUUCUGGAUCACGACAGCGCCCGUCCUCACUCUCAAAGUCUGCUGAGAAUUUCGAUCACCGCGACGCGGCCCAGCGUCCUACCACCACGACGUCCUUUUCGCAUGAAGAGCGUUCCCGCAUCCCAUCGCAUAGCUUCACGAUACCUGUUCCCCCUGUUUUGAGAUCGUCGACGCUUUCCAGAGGGUUUUCAGGAGACAGCGAAGGUGCACACAUGCCAUCCAAGGACGCAUCGCUUGAACAGAAGCGCUCUGCCUGGAACGAGCGCAUAACACUUUUGGCUGAAGCGACACUUUGUCGUUCAGAGUUGUCCGACCUGCUGAAAGAUGUCGAGAACUAUGAACGUAUCUCACGCUCUUGGAUUCUCAAUAACCUGUCCGAAGAGAGCCGGGCGCGUAUCAAUACUCAGUUGGCCGAUGCCAUUGCGCGCAGUGCGGCAAAGAAGAGCGAUCUCAAGAGGAUAAUCGUACGGUUAACGGAGACGAACUACUGGCCAAUCGCUCCAAGCGCUGUACCUGCUGAGCGCGACGGUCGGUCCGACAUGAAGGAGGCAAUUAUGGAGUUGAAAAAGGGUAUGCAGGACUUGCAUAAUCAGCUGCAGGAGUACCGCGUUGGGCAUGCUGCCGUCGACUCGAAACCACCGCCUCCGAUCAAAAAUGACGAGAGUCAUGUUGCAGAGCCUCCUGCGAAGCGUCUAAAGCUUUCCGUCGACGAUACCACUGGCCCAUCUGGCUGGGACAGCGAAUUAUACGACCUACGCGACCGAUUGCUUCGAUUAGAAGAACAAUCCUCUGACCUGGAGCAAGAGAUGGUUCAGCAUGAUCAUGAGCUGAAUACGCUACAGACCAAGACAGAGGAGAUCCUAGGCCUAGAUGCAGCAGGAUCGGCGGGAUCCUCUACGCGUGACUUGGAUAUGCAGCCGGUCGAGCAGUUCUCCAGGGAGCUUGACAUAGCCGGCAGGCAAAUUGAAGAGUUGGCUCUGGAGGUAGCAAAUCUGAUCAAGCAGACAAUGAAGAAGGAUGCAGAACUUGAACAGGUGCACUCAGAAAAUCGACAACUUAUACAAAAAGUGGAGGUGCAGUUGUCUUCACAAUUGGCUGCAAACCAGCUUGAGCUGCAAGCUCUCAAUGCAGCUGUAGCAGCAUACAUUUCACAAUCAAAUGCAAAACCAUCCUCACCUCAACUGCCAGCCAUGGAAGACAUCAUAAGCUCUGUUCAACCAGCACUUCUUGAAAUGAUUCACAGUGGUCUACAGCCAAUGCUGUCCAAUACCCAUCACAGCAUUGAAACCAUGAUAGAAGACAGGAUCAAGAAUGUGUAUACCACUGUCAUGUCAUCGUUGACACCAUAUCUACAGACAGUUGACACCAUGUCAGCAUGGAUGGAACACACCCAUGAAGGAAGCCAUGAACUGCAUGACCAGCUGAAGGAUCUCAACAAUGGUGGGAUCAAGUAG